GUUCUCUUCUCGCCCUGCCCCCUGACGCGUCCCUCCUUCACCUCUCCCUCACCCUCACACACCCAAGUGAACCCCCAGGAGCCCCCGAGAACCCCCUAGAACUCAGCCCCUUCCGGAGUCCCUGCCCUGUGCUAGUGGUGUUAAGUGUGUGGUGCUGACAACAUGGUGCUGUGCGGAAUGAGAGCUGCAGCAAGUCUGGCGGUGGCGGUGGCGGCGGCGCUGCUCUCCCUGGCUGCGGCGGACUCCUCUCCCUCGGAAUUUGAACUGCCCUCCAACUCCACAGUAAUUAACGGAGGCCCCAUCGUUACCGGCUUCAGCUGUGAUGGGCUUCCCUAUGGCUACUACGCAGAUGUCAACAACGGGUGCCGGAUCUUCCACGUGUGCUACCCUUACCUGGAUGCGGACCAGUUCCUAAGGACGCGCAUGUUCUCUUUUAUCUGUGGCCUAGGAGCAGUGUUCAACCAGGAGGCCCUCGUCUGUGACCACGCCGAGCACUCCAUUCCCUGUGAAGACUCCCCGAACUACUACGACUCCUCCAAUGGUUACUUUGGACAGACGGAGAUCAAUUUCAGGGAGUAGAGGAAGAGGAGGAGGAGGAGGAGGAGGAGGAGGAGGAGGAGGAGGAGGAGGAGGAGGAGGAGGAGGAGGAGGAGGGUUAUAUUGUCUACAGCAUUAUUAUGGGUAAGUUUUAGAACAACGACAACAACAACAACAACAACAACAACAACAACAACAACAAGAUGAUGAGGAUGAUGAUAAAAAAAAAAAGAAGGAAAAUUAAUACACUGCGGCACCAUUAAGCUAAAAUCUCAAGAAGAAGAAGAAGAAGAAGAAGAAGAAGAAGAAGAAGAAGAAGAAGAAGAAAAAAAAAAAAAAGACAAUAUAUAAACAAAAAAAUGGAAAGAAAACGAAGAAGAAAGACAGAUGAUGAUGAUGAUGAUGAUGAUGAUGAUGAUGAUGGUAAUAACGGAUAAAGGAGAAGGAAGACAUGAUAAAGAAGGUGAGGAGGAGAAAAUGUAGGAAGAGGAAGAAAAUGAUAACAGAAGCACAAUAAACGAUAGAAAAACAACAAUAAUGAUAAAGACAAAAAACAAAGGACAGUAAAUGAUAAUAAAGCGAAGAGGAGGAGAAGAAUAAUGAAGAUAAUAAAGAAAAUAAGAUAAAAUAAGAAAUAAAGUCAAAUUAAAGUUAUAUUCAAACAAAAAACCGUGAUAAUGUAUGUGAGAGAGAGAGAGAGAGAGAGAGAGAGAGAGAGAGAGAGAGAGAGAGAGAGAGAGAGAGAGAGAGAGAGAGAGAGAGAGAGAACCCUACCGGUGAUGAAAAUGUUGCCAAUAGGUUAGAAAAAAUAAAUAAAAAAAUAAACACGCUUAGUACACACACACACACACACACACACACACACACACACACACACACACACACACACACACACACACACACACACACACGGAAAUAUAUAA